AUGGCUGCCGAGAUCUCCAAGGACACUCGGCCCCGAGAGCCUCGCGUGGAGGAGCUCCAGCGGGAGGCAAAGCGCGCCAAGUCGGAGUGGGAUCGCGCGAAGCAGGUGCCGGUGCCGGAUGAGGGCGAUGAGGACUUGGAGGACGCGCCCGCAGAGGAAGGCGAUUCCCAAGCUGCCGACCUUGAGGGGAUGCCACCCCUGCAGGCUGUGCAAGGCAGCUGGCUCUCAGCCCGCGGCGAGUGCGCCAUCUUCACCGACCCCAGGACCAAUCGGCUGACGUACGAGGAGCACCUUGCCGACGAUCAGUCCAGGCUGCACGGCUGGCUCGAGCCCUCCGAGGAAGCCAGCGAGGGGUCGAUUGCCUGCUGGAUCGCCACCCUGCAUCUGCUUGAAGAAGAUGAGCUGCCCUGGUAUGGCCCUUCCUUCGGCGAGGAGCCUGAGGCACUGGGCCAGGUCAAGGUGGAGCUGUUCCCCGGUCGACGACUCCAGACGAGCAUCCGCAUCGAAGAUGAGGAUGAUGACUGGCAGUCUCCCACGCCCUUCCGGCGCCGGGCUUCGGAGGAGAUCGCGGCCUCCGCCGCGGCUGCGGAGAGUGCGGCCGCAGGCGGUGCCUUCGUUUUCGGUGGCGGCCGCUGA